CCGGCCGCGGAGCGCUGCGGGGAGCGGCUGCGGGGGGCAGCCGCGGGACGCGGAGGGUGGGCGCUGCCCGCUCCGCAGGCGCUCCGGGGCGGCGGUGCCCGAGCCGUCGGGGCGCGGAGGCGGCAGGCGGGCCGGGCGGGGCAGGGCGAGGCGGGCAGUGUUUUCAAAGCCCCUUCCCGAAGCGUUUUCAAAGCCCCUUCCCGCAGCACAGACAGUUUGCGCUCAGAUCUGCCCGCUGCGGGGUCCUGCCGCUCCGCGGCAGAGACAACUGGGCAUAAACAGUUUGCAUAACGCUUCCUCGGCUGGUUGCGAGCCGAGUGCCAGUUUUCUUCUUUGAAAAGAAAAAAACGAACCCAGAUGGGAAAUAAACAUUUAAUCAGGCACAAGAUACAAAUGAAACAUCACAAGGCAAGUGUUGCUAAAAUGCUUAAGCAGGAAGCAUAUGAUUUUCCAUGGAUGUUUUACAGGUGAGUCAUGGCAUUCGCUUCGUGCUCUCGUUACUGAAGAUCCCAGUCCGGUGGCAUGUACAGUGUGUAGAAUGGGAGUAUUUAGUUGGGCAGACUCAUUAAGCACAAGUAAGGAAAAGCACCUUUUCCUGGGCUGUAGCAGAGCAGUCAUGAACUUGUGGCUGGUGGCGUGGAAAUCUUUAUGCUCUCAUUUGUCCUUUUACUGAAUUCCUGUGGCAGCCAGCAUUACGCUAGAAAGCUGUCACUUUUCAUAACAUGCGGUACUCUGCAUCUGUCAGGCAACUCUUUCCCAUUCAAGUGAAAACAAACACCCUCUCAAAGGGGGUUUCCUCACCCCCCUUCCUGCCCCUGGGAGCCAUGUCUGUGUGCCAGCGGCAUUUCUCAAAUCCUGCUGAAGCCAAGGUCCCUGGCCCCAGGUAAGAGAAGGACUCUCUGUGCCUGGCCUGAAGACAACUGCAGUCAGUGACUGUGUGUGACCGGGGCUGGAGCAUACCAGGAGCUGGGAGCAAUUGAAUACUCUCAGCUCCCAGAGUCUCACGCGAAAAUUUGGUAGCCAACCCCUCCUGGCUGGCCUCAGGAAGAGCUUUGCCCCCCACCCAGGGACAGCUACACCGAGCCCUGCCACCACCUGUCACCAGGGAACCCCCUGCUGAGCAGGUCCUCCACUGCCUCCCCCGGGGUGGCAAUCAGUGGUGUGCAAAAACCAAAAGGACCUGACAACCGCAAAAAAUAAUAUUGACCUGUCUUGGGCUGCUGACAGGGCUCACUGUUCUUCUUACCUCUUCCCAAAUCUGCUUUGCAACCCCGCAACUGACAGAACCGCAGUAAAUGUUCAUCUGCUUGUUUAGCGGCUAACUGCGCUGUGUUACACGUAGCCAAAGAAUCCAGGAAAGCUGCCAAAGACAUAAAUUAGACCAACUUGUGGCAAGCCUAACUGAUAAUAUGAUAAUAACACUUACUUACCUACCCCUCAGGAGAGCUGUGUAGGUUAGUUAAUGUUUAUACAACGCUUUGAAAAGGAUGUUCAGGAGAUGUAAGUGAUAUUACAUUAAUUUUACAGUCACGUUUGUUUACUUUUCUAGGGUAAACGUAUUCUGCACAGUUAAUGUAGAUCAUCUCAGGUGUGGUUUUACGAGGUCUCCAUAGGAAGCUAACUUGACUGAGCAUUUUUUGUUCACUAAAAAUUUUGCAAGACAGUUUAGCUGGUGAAAUCCAGCGGCUGGAUUCAGAGGUGCUAUGUAAUGGGUGCAUACCAAGCAGUGGUCCACAUCUGUUCUGAAUAAUUGGUAUAGAAAACCUGUAUAGACCUUUGGUGGUAGAAAUAUUUUCUUUCCAGGGGGUUUCUUGAGGAGCAGAAGGAGUGGGGAAUGCUGUCAGGCUCUGAAGGGUUAGCCUCUGCUAGCGUGUAAUAUAGCUUAAUUGCAACUAUGACACUGUAGACAAAAGCUGAAUAAACUCCAAAUAAAGGAUUUAUUGGAUGCUAGACUGAAACGACCUUUGGACAUAACAGAGGUGCCAAGAAGAAGCCAAAAUAAUUGGUGCACAAAGCUGACUAUGUGUGAUUGGACAGGUGAUAAAGGCAACAUUAUGUACCUCAGAUGGUUUGGCCUGCCCACAUCCAAGUCAUCAAACCUUUAUUUUUCUUUUUAUGUUAGACAGUUAUGGUCAAUCAAAUACAGCCUUGACCUACUGUUACAUUUAUUAAUAAAGACGUGGAGAGCCCCUAAUCAAACAUUCCUGCACCAGGAGGGUUACAUUGCAGAUGGUUUCACACCAAACCCCAUGGUGAUUUUUUUUUUCUUUGACACUUUAACUGUGGAUUUUUUAAUCAACAAGGCUUCCAGAGAAACUUGAACAAAACCCACAGAGCCUCAGCUAUGAGGCAGCUUGCCAGCAUAAUUUCGACCAAGGAUUAUUUAUUUCCCGACACACACACACACCCCCCUCUUACACACAUCAGUGACAGCCUUCCCAAACUUCAGUGAUGCUUCAAUUCAACCAUGACCUUGGCAGCAGUUUGGGACUGUGGGGAGAACUGGCAACUGGCAUAGGGAUGAAGGGGUGGGAAAGGGGUAAAGGUUUGAGGUUAUCAGUGUCAGGAGAUACUCCUACCAGCUCUUGCACCCUGACACCCAAUCUGCUGCAUGGUGAGCUUGGGUGCAGCCAUGCUGUGCCCCACAGCCGUCUCCUGGCCUCCCACCAGCAUGCUGCCUUGGCUACCCCAGCGUUGCUGGCAGCCCGUCUUUCUUGUGCUUUUCUCCCCUUCCCUUGUACCACCUGGAUCCCAAUGAAGGCCUUGGAGCAAGGGUGGCACGGUCACAGUCACUGCCUGUGAAACCUCAGUGCUGCUCUGGGUCCCUCGGGGUGGGAGGGUGAGGUGGAGGCAUCUGUCCUGCCUGCUGACUGCUCUGCUCUGCAACUCUUAGUAGGGAUUUUCCCAAAUGCAAGGAAGCCCUGAGGGUUUUUUGGUUUGUUUUGCUGUUGUAGACACACUGAGCUCCAUGGAGGGGAGAGCUGAGCAGCGGUUCCACGCUGUCCCUCAGCCCCUCCGGGGCUCGGCAGGUACCGUCAGCAUGUGGUCUUGACAGGGGCAGUGUCCCUGAGAAGUGCGCCAUGGGGCGUAUCUGCUUCCAACAGCGUGGGGUGUCAUCCCCUGCUCUCUGCCUUGCAGGUCUGGGCAGCGUGGUGGGAGCGGUCAGCCCCUGCGAAAAGGCCUGCAACCCUCGGAUGGGCAACCUGGCACACGGGCGGGAGCUGCGGACGGAGACAGCCUGUGGGCGCCAUGCCACCGAGCCCUUCUGUGCCUAUGCUGAGGAUGCCCAGCGCCGCUGCAAGCGUCCCACCUGCGGCCGGUGCAGCAGGGCCCACGCGGGGCUGGCCCACCCCCCCGCCGCCAUGGCCGACUCCCCCUUCCGCCUGCCCCGCACCUGGUGGCAGGCGGCCCAGGACGCCCCCCGCGAGACCAUCCGGCUGGACCUGGAAGCUGCCUUCUACUUCACUCACUUGAUUGUGGUCUUCAAGUCGCCCAGGCCGGCCGCCAUGGUGCUGGAGCGCUCCCAGGACUUUGGCGAGACGUGGAAGCCUUACAAAUACUUUGCUGCUAACUGCUCGGCCACCUUCGGGCUGGAGGAUGAUGUGAGGCAGAGAGGAGCCAUUUGCACUUCCAGAUAUUCAAGUCCCUUCCCGUGCACCGGAGGAGAGGUGAUAUACCGAGCCCUGUCACCACCUUAUGCUGCGGAGGACCCAUACAGCGCAGAAGCCCAGGCACAGCUGAAGAUCACCAACCUGCGGGUGCGGCUGUUGGAGCGGCAAGGCUGCCCCUGCCUCCCACCCAGCCCAGACCCCCAGAUCCCACAGCCCCUACCACCCCUGCACUACGCUGUCUACGACUUCAUCGUGAAGGGCAGCUGCUUCUGCAAUGGCCACGCUGACCACUGCAUCCCUGUCACUGGAUUCAAGCCUGUCAAGGCAGCUGGCGUUUUCCACGUGGUCCAUGGGAAAUGCAUGUGCAAGCACAACACAGCGGGGUCCCACUGCCAGCACUGUGCCCCGCUGUACAACGAUCAGCCUUGGCAGCCUGCCGAUGGCAAAACCGGAGCCCCCAAAGAGUGUCAGUCAUGCAAGUGUAAUGGGCAUGCUGACACUUGCCAUUUUGACAUGGAUGCAUGGCUGGCAUCGGGCAAUCGCAGCGGCGGCAUCUGCGACAACUGUCAGCACAACACAGAAGGGCAGCACUGCCAGCGCUGCAAGCCGGGCUUCUACCGGGACCUCAGGAAGCCUUUCUCUGCCCCAGACGCCUGCAAACCUUGCUCCUGCCACCCCCUGGGAUCGGCCGCGCUCCCCCUCGGCCCCCGCAGCUUCUGCGACCCCAGCACCGGCGACUGCCCCUGCAAGCCCGGCGUGGCGGGGCCCCACUGCGACCGCUGCCUCCCCGGCUACUGGGGCUUUGGUGCCUAUGGCUGCCGCCCCUGCGACUGUGCCCGCAGCUGCGACCCCCGCACCGGUGACUGCCGCAGCAGCAGCUCGGACGUGACAUGGCACAAUGAAGCACCUCCGUUCCAGGCAGUAAUUAAUGAAAGCCAUCCCACCUGGGGCUGGGAGGAUGAGCAGGGCUUCUCAGCACUCCGGCACUCUGGUAAAUGCGAAUGUAAAGAGCAAGUUUUAGGGAAUCCCAAGGUCUUCUGCGGGAUGAAGUACACCUAUGUGAUCAAGACUAAGAUUUUGUCAGCUCAUGACAAAGGCUCCCAUGCAGAAGUCAAUGUGAAGGUCAAGAAAGUCUUGAAAUCUACAAAGCUGAAGAUCCUCCGUGGCAAGAGGACGCUCUACCCUGAGUCCUGGACUAACAGAGGCUGCACUUGUCCCAUCCUCAAUCCCGGCUUGGAGUACCUUGUGGCAGGACAUGAGGACAUCAGAACGGGCAGACUCAUCGUCAACAUGAAAAGUUUUGUCCAGCAGUGGAAGUCAGCUCUUGGAAGAAAGGUCCUGGAGAUUUUGAAAAGAGACUGCAACUAGAGGUGCGCGGCUGCCUAGGGUGUUUCUUUAUGCACGAAAUGCAACAGCCUUCAUGGAGAGAAGACCUCUAGGAUGAAAACUGGAAAGUAAGAAAAUAGUGCCAAAAUGUGUAGCGAGGCAUUCAGAGUUGUAGGCACUGUCUAAUUUAACCCUUCCUGGCCAUUGUUCAUUCACGCACCUGUAGCUUCCUUGCAAGGGGCUCACCUGAGCCCAGCUCAUCGUUACAUUGAGGGAAACAAAAGGAAGGGUGGACGCUCGUCUCACUCCAGUGCAAUGUUGGAGCAACUCUUAUGAAGCCACUGAUUGCCCCAAACUAAACUGCCACCCUAGAGAUGGAAAGCAGGCCCAUGAGCUGCAGCUGAGAAGCAAAACACCACUGCCAGUCCUGCCAGCGUGGAUUCUGAGUGACUUCCAGAGGCUCCCGAAGGAUACUGUGGGGAAGAUGAUGGCCGCAGUGGCAGGUAGGUGCUGGCAACAGCGUGGCAAUGACAACAGCUCUUUAGAAACACCCCCUCAGGUUAGGACACGGGACGUGUCAAAGAGCAUGGAGUGCCACUUGCUUUUAACCUGGUCAGCCUGCUGAAGGUUUCCAGGGCUAAAUUCUCUGCUGGUGCUGGUGAAGGUGGAGUUGCUGGAGUGAAUCAAAUCCCUCUGCCUUGGCACAAGCGUGACGCAGGGCAGAGGCUGGCUCUUCACCCACCGCACGGCCACAGAGAAGAGCCAGCUCUGGAGGGUGCAGCGUCUCUGAGCUUUUUUCCUUGAAGUUUUAAAAAAUGAACCUAGCCCUAGUGUAAAUAUUUCAUUGUAUAAAGCACUUUACUACCUGCCAGUUUAUGGUGCGGGAAGUCUAAUUGUGUUGGGGAAAGAAGAGGUUGAAGGUGUCACAUGAAAAAAACUCCCUGAAACAGAAGCACUCCUGAAGACCCCCUCAGUUGGACGGCGUUAACGGUAUAAAGGGAACAGCCAGCCUGGCACUGGCCACUCAGAGUAUCUGAGGAUGCAAUCUGAAAGAUAAAGUAUUUGCACUGAAGUCCCAGCUUCAGACCAGCACUUGGACCCUGUGGGCAGGACUCCAGCAAGACUUUGCAAACAGUGUGAGAAGAGACUUUGAGAUAAAAAAUGCAAUUGCCGGAGGAGAAAAACUCUGCCUGCAGAAAAAGGAGUGGAUGCAGGGAACUGAAAGGACUCACAUUCACAUAUCACAACCCAGCGAUUCAUGGUGGGCCUGGAGUUUAUUUUUAUGUUAGUAUUUAAAACCGAACAUUUUAUUUGUUUUCUUCUGUGUUAUUGUUUGAGAUAUAUACAGCCAUUAUACAUCCUCAUUAACACCAGUAUGGAAUAUAGCACAGUUUACUGCAGUUUUCAGCACUAAAAUAUAUCUUUUAUGUAAAGCAUCCUUAAACCACAUUGCAUAGAGUGUAUUUUGUUCAUGAGCGAGAGGGGAAAGAAAAGGAAGCCAUACAAAACCUGGAAAAAAUCACGAGUCUACCAGUCCACUUCAUGUAUGUAUUUUUCUUUCAAGGUCCUGUGGACUCACAAAAAAAUUAUACUAUUUUGGUAAUUUGUUUUUGUAUCUCAUGUAUGUAAUAAAUACAAUAUGAUUUCAACA